GCUUGUGUAUGCGAUUACGUUUUACUUGUGGCGGCCGGUCUUUCCUUCAGCGUUCAGUACAAUGUAGUGUUUCACGAUUACACUAACGCCAUUUACAAUCCUAUUAUUAUCCAAGUAAAUCUACUGUUAUGUACAUUGUCAUUGAAAGUAUUUAUUUUUAUUUACAAAAUGUUUGUCUGACCAACCUUCAGUGUCUUCUUGCCAGUGAUCAUAACGUUUAGGAACGUCAAAAAGUUAAACAAAAAAAUGUAUAUAAACCAUACAAUGGACCAGCUCACCAUAAACCUCUAAAGAAUUAUUAUAAUCCUGGAACUAAUAAUUCGGUAAUUUACUACUAAAUUUUCCAUCAACUUCAUUACAGUUUUGUUUUCAAUAACUUAAAUCUAUGGAAAAGGGGAUUUCAAAAAGAUUUGGAGAGGAGACUACAUCUGUAAAAUUACAGAGUGAUAAUAAAUCUAGGAAAAAUGUACUUCCUUUAUUAUAUUGUCCAACUAAAAGAAUCGAAUUUGAAACAAAUAUUGACAAAAGAAAAUCUAUUGAUAGUGUUAAUUCGAUUUAUAAGAACAGCAGAAUGCAAAAGAAAUCAACUAAUUCCAUGCUAGCAAAUCUAAAAGAUUUGGAACGAUUAAGUACAACUUCUGAGUCUACCACAAGUAUGUUGAGGAAUAAUUCAAUUACCCAGAAACAAUUAAAACCUCAAGAAAUGGUAAUACCAAAUAGUGCAGUAUCGACUUCCUCUAAAAUCCGAUCAGAAGUUUCAAAAAUACAACAGAUUUUUCAAGCCUCAAAGAAAAGUCAAGAGUUAGUAAAUAGGCAAAAAAAAUCUGUUACACCAAGAAUAGAAGCAACACUGGAUAUUAAUAAAUCGAAUUAUUUAAAAAAAUGUAUACCAAAGCCUCUAGUCCCUCAGAGAAAUUUGAACAAUUUGCGGGAUUUUGUGUCAAAUAAUUUUACAAAUGGUAAAAAAUGUUUAAAACAGAAAACUAAUGCUUCCAAAGAAUAUCCCCAAAAUAAAAUGAAUUAUAAUGUCGAAAAUAUGAAGAGUUGUGAAAAUAUUGAAACCAAUAUUCAAGACCGCCCUCAACUACCUAUUAGAAAAAAAAGAUCUUUAAAUUAUAAAUUGAAUAAGGAUGGAAUUUCCGUUUCCAAAGAGAUUAAAAUUUCAUCAGAAACUAAAAAUUUUGCGGAUAGUGCUGAAAAUAAAAAUAUUUCAAAAAAUAAUGUAAACGAUACAGUUUUUAAAUUAGACAAAAAAGAUGAAAAACAAAACAAAAACGAUGAUAUAAAUGAACCUGAUAUAAUGAAAAGUUUAAUAGAAGAAUCAGAGCAACAAAUUAGUAAUAUAAAAUCAGACAAAAAAAAAUUUGGACAUAAUUGGCAGGAAUUUAUUCAAUAUAUUUCUUCAAAUGAAAUGAAAUCAUAUUCUGACAGUAAACAUGAUGAAAAGGAUAUUAUUCAGUGGAACAAAAGCAUAAGUCAUAAGUGGAAAAAACUGGGAAGACGAAAUUCAGUUCAAGAUCCUCCAGAAAAAAGGGAAUCUUUAAUUUGGCAAAGGGGUAACUCCUUUGAAAAUGUUUACAUUACAAGGUCGACUCCUGUAAGUCGCGAAGCAUCUCCUGUACCGAAGUCCCUACAAAGUGAAUUUACUCCAAAGAAAUCUAUUCAAAAUAGAUCUUUAAGGUUACCAGGUACGACGAAUGGAAUAUCCGAUAUUCAUCGCGCAUUACGCAAUAAAUUUAGUAAAUUUAACGCUGAGUUACGAAACAGGAAAUCAUCAGAUUCAUCUGACAUCUUUUUACACAAAGAAAAUGCUUCAAGCUUUUACGUUCCAUAUCCAUCUUCAAAUUCAGCAACUGAUAAUUUCACGAAAAAUUUAAAACCUUUAAAAUCAGACCCAUUACAAUCAUUCACAAUUCAUGAACAUGUGGAACCUGAUCCUGUGAGCAACGACAUCUCAAAAAGUAAAAUUAUGUGUGUAGGACAAAAUUCCUAUACCAACAAAAACAUCUCAAAAUGUCAGGCGAUGAGUUCUGAGAAAUCAUCAAAGCAUUUGGCAUCACCAAAGGCUUAUUCGAAUAAUUAUUAUUCUCAACAUGCUCUUGAAGGAUCGAUUCCUAAACAAUAUAAUAUAAAUAAUCAACGAAAGAGUAAAGUUGGCAGCUUUUAUGAAAGCAACUAUUUGGUCAAAGAUGAAAGAACUGAUUUUACUUCAAGAAGCGAAGAGGAAAACAGUUACUUAAUAAACUCUGAUCUUUCUGAAAGCCAGAGGAAAACAGAGGAUAGUCACUUAUAUCCAAUUGGCUAUCCUCAUCAUGAUAUAUGCUGUGCUUGGAAUACAUUUGGAAUGUGUAACGAAAAUUUUAAUAAAAUUCAUAUACCACGAAUAACUUCAAAUAAAAGAAAAACACAUUCCAAAAUAGACGAUCAAAUUAUGAAUCAAUCUUUUGAAAAAAAUACAGUUAACUCGAGGAACAUUCUGAAUAAUGUAGAAUGUGGUCCUUUGAGUUUGAGAAAGGAAGAAAAUUUUAUUAAAAAAUCAACACGUACAUUAAGCAGUCAAAGUGUUGCGAAUUUAAGUGCAUGUUCUGAAAGUAGAUUUAAACAAAUACAGAUUGAAAAUGAACAUGAUUCAGAAACAGAGGACGGUUAUGAAUGUUCCGAUGCUACAGAGUCAAGUUUUUGUACUCUUCCGAGACCGCGUAAAGGAGGAGCAUAUUUUACAAUUAUGACAGUUAAAUUCUCAAAAGGCCCUGGAAAUAAAGGCUUGGGCUUUAGCAUUGUUGGUGGGACCGACAGUCCCCGUGGAAGCAUUGGAAUUUAUGUCAAAACUGUUUUUUCUCAUGGACAAGCUGCAGACAUGGGAACUGUUAAAGAAGGAGAUGAAAUUUUAUCAGUCAAUUCCAAACCUUUGUAUGGAAUGACUCACGCUGAAGCAAUUGCAGAAUUCAAGAAUAUUAAAACUGGUAAUAUUAUUCUACUCAUUGGACGUCGAGUAACAAAAAAGAAGAGAUAACAUUUUUCACUUUACUGUCGGUUUUACAAACUCGAUUGUCUAAUUUUUCUUUUCUAUUAAUUUUCCACAGUAAAAGUGAAAAAUUGCAAACUCUACUUUCUUAAUUUAAUUAUAGACGAGUGAUUUGAAAAGAAUUAAAAACAUUAAUACUUUGAGAAAAAUAAAAAAAGAACAGCAAAAGGAAUUCUAGUUUUUUUUUAAUAUAAUUAUAUGUUUGUAAAGAAAUAAAGAGAUAUUGAAACUAA